AUGGCUGUCGCCGUCGAUGAAUUGGCUAAAGGGCCUGGCUCUCAGUGGAAACACACGAAUCGAAUCUAUAAGAUACUGGAAUAUAACUAUAUCGUGUUUCCUCUCACAUUUAUUCUGACAUUUUACGCUUUCAAGCAUGUCGCUCGUGUGGGCGGAUACUAUAUCGACGUUGAAGAAGAUGGCUGGACUAGCUCCUCAAUCUUCCAUGUUAUCACGAUGACAAUAUUUUUCCUACUGCAAAUGCCACCCUUUGGACAGAUUCUAGGCCUGUGUCUGCCCAUGCGACCGAAUAAGUUCGCGCAGAAACCAAGAACUCGACGACUGGGGACGCUCCGUGUCUGCCUUGUGACGAAAGGCACUAAUGUAUCAACAGCGGUCAACUCGGCAAGAUGUUGGGAUAGUCUGUCACAGCGAGACAACCCGUCGGUCAAGUUUCACGUCCUCGUUGACAGUGAGAGCUCCGAAGAACUGGAACAGCAACUCCCAUCAUAUGUCAUUGUUGAUCAAGUGCCCAAGAGUUUCUCGGUAAAGAAAGCAAAGUACAAAGCUAGGGCCCAGGAGUAUUUCCGGCUCAAGUACAAGUUUUCAAAAGAAGAUUGGGUUCUGCAUCUAGACGAAGAGUCUGAAAUGGAUGAUCGGGCAUUGCAGACGACCUUGGACUUCAUUGAGAGAGGCACAGCGGAUCUUGGAAUGGGAACGAUAUACUACACCGCAUCUAACCACUGGACUAGUCUACUGCUAUCCGCUGCCGAAGUGAACAGAGUGGCUGAAGACUUCGGGCGAUUCCAAUUACCUCUGUUACUGUUCCGGCGCCCAUUCUUGGGAUGGACCCAUGGCUCCUGGCUCCUCAUAAACGGCGCAGUAGAGAAUGCGAUUGGGUGGGAUACCGACAAUGUGUGCGAGGACUACUGGUUUGGAUUCCAUGCUGCACGACUUGGAUAUAAAUUCGAAUGGCUUCAUGGUAUUUUCCGAGAACAGCCACCUUGCACAUUCAAAGAUCUAUGCAAACAGCGCCGACGCUGGUUCACCGGUAUCUUUCGCUUUGAACAGCCUAUUGCAGGUCUAGCCCUAACCCUGGGGGUCUUUGCUGGGAUCGGAACAUUGAUAUAG